AUGCCUUCGCCUCUAACCCUGUGUCGCUACCCCCCUCGUGAGCUGUCGCCGUCGGUGGACUCGCGGUCCUGCAGCAGUCCCUUGGUGGCCCCGAGGAAGGCAGGGAAGCUCCUCCCGGGGGCCACUCCUCCUCGGGCCCCUCGGCUGCCACGCCGACUGGCCUGGCUCUCCAUAGACUGGGAACAGGUAUGCCUGCUGCAUAGGCUGGGCUCUGGAGGGUUUGGCUCGGUGUAUAAAGCCACAUACCGCGGCGUUCCUGUGGCCAUCAAGCAAGUGAACAAGUGCACCAAGGACCUCCGUGCAUCCCAGCGGAGUUUCUGGGCUGAACUGAACAUUGCGAGACUGCGCCACGACAACAUAGUCCGGGUUGUGGCUGCCAGCACGCGCACACCCGAAGGCUCCAACAGCCUAGGUACUAUAAUCAUGGAGUUUGGGGGCAAUGUGACUCUACACCAAGUCAUCUACGGUGCCACCCGCUCCCCGGAGCCUCUCAGCUGCAGAGAGCAACUGAGUUUGGGGAAGUGCCUCAAGUAUUCCCUGGAUAUUGUUAACGGCCUGCUUUUCCUCCACUCUCAAAGCAUUUUGCACUUGGACCUGAAGCCAGCGAACAUUUUGAUCAGUGAGCAGGACGUUUGCAAGAUCAGUGACUUCGGCUGCUCCCAGAAGCUGCAGGAUCUGCGGUGCGGGCAUGCGUCCCCUCACCACAUAGGGGGCACAUACACGCACCAAGCUCCGGAGCUCCUGAAAGGAGAGAUGGCCACGCCCAAAGCCGACAUCUACUCUUUUGGCAUCACCCUGUGGCAGAUGACCACCAGGGAGGUGCCUUACUCAGGCGAGCCUCAGUACGUGCAGUACGCAGUGGUAGCCUACAAUCUGCGCCCGUCACUGGCCGGGGCGGUGUUCGCCGCCUCCCUGACUGGGCAGACGCUGCAGAACAUCAUCCAGAACUGCUGGGAGGCCCGCGCCCUGCAGAGGCCGGGUGCAGAACUGCUCCAGAGGGACCUGAAGGCUUUCCGAGGGGCACUAGGCUGA